CUGCACCCUGCUGUACUGUUUCCCGUCUCAGUACCUGUGAGAUGUAUUGCACCUUACUGUGCUGUUUCCUGUCUCAGUACCUGCGACAUGUACUGCAUCUUACUGUGCUGUUUCCUGUCUCAGUACCUGCGAGAUGUACUGCACCUUGCCGUGAGAUUUCCUGUCUCAGUACCUGUGAGAUGUACUGCACCUUGUUGUGCUGUUUCCUAUCUUCCAGGAUCACUUGAAAUAACUUUCAGUAUUUUGUUAUGAAAUGCUUUGGGCAACAUUGAUCUAUCCCCAGUGCUUAGUGUUAUAUUUCCAUUAUGGCGUCAUUCUUUCCGGUGAGCUAGAAGCAGGUACACCCUGAUAAAAGUGGAUGCACCUACUUAUUAUUCUCACUCGAAAGUUCCCCAGAGCUAACCUUUAGAGAAAGCACAGUCGCAGGUUGCUAGGAUACAGGCUGCCUGGCAUCACGUGCAGCAAUACAUUAAUACACAAAGUCUCCUUAACAUCCUUGUGUGGGCUUCCUCAGAAAGGAGUGCAUUACUAUUACAAGCAGCUGGAUCACCACGCCGCUGUGGCUAUCCUUGGGGCUGAUGUUACUGUAGAAUAGAGACACACGUUUUGAAGGCAGAUGGUCUGUUAGCUGGAAGAAAGUCAGUCACUUUGCGUGACACCGUCUGCAAAUGUAGCGUUCUGUGGACUGGGUUGAUGUUUUGUCCUUCUGAUUACUCAAGAAUGCCUCCUCCCACACACAUAGACUGCUGCUUAAAGAAGGCAACAGCUUCAUUUCUACCCAGCAAGAGAACAAAAGAAAUGAACAGGUCAUAGUCAUCCCUUUAGGGAAUAAUCAGAAAAAAGAUUGAGGAGGGACUGGUCUACACGUUGAAGUACAUCAACUAAACAAACACUCAAGCUUUCCAAAGCAGCAUCAAAGGCAGCUUACUUCACAAGAUAGAGCUGCAAAGCUGCAUGUCCUUUUCCCCCCAAACUGAGGAUUGGAAUGAAGACCUUCAAAAGCAGACAAUGAAAAUGCUUGCCGACACACUGUUGCUUUAGAAGACGAAAAAGGGAUUUUUCUUAGAAUGAAAAACUAAAGAUACAGAGAUAAAGACAGCAACAUGGGAAUCACUGUGCAAAACAUCACAGCCACCUCUGCCACAGUCACGUGGCCUGCCUCUCCGAGCUGCGUGGACAGCUUCUACAGCAUCAUGUACCACCCGAACUGGAACAAUCUGCUCACAGGCUACUCCAGGAAGAACUUCCUUAAGGAGGACAAAGUUCCAACCGAACAGACCUCCGCUAGCUUGUGGAACCUGAACCCACAGACCAGCUACAUCCUGUGUGUCACGUGCCAGUCGGCCAAUCCCUCUGGCGACCAGUGCCGGGUCUUCAACACCCUGGGCCAGGACCCCUCCUCCUCGCUGGGCAGUGGCAGGAAGGAACUGGCCAUGGGCAUCUGGCUGACCAGCAGCCUCCUUCUGCUCAUUAUCGCUGGCAUCCUCUUGUACAGCUGCCUGCACAUCUGGUGCAGCAAACACCAGGAUAACCCAGAGGGGACCUUCGCCGACCCAGAUGUGCCAGACAAGAGAGAGGCUGCUGCAGACAGUCUCUACCCACACAACAACACUGGAGAAGACGCCCAGCUGGCUACCAUCAUAGAGAAUCCCUUUACUUCAUCAGAGUCAUCUCCCCGCAGCAACAGAAAUCGAGAGCUGGUGCCCCUGGCAUGCAAAGACAUGGACACCCCUUCCCAGAGCCUUUGAGAACAGUAUCAAUCCAAGGCCUGCAGGGCCACCUACACCCUGCAUCCGGUUUAGAAGGUCUCACUGACUUUGUCAGAAAUGUGUCUUUUGAAAUGCCUGUUGUUUCCUCCCUUGGGUGUGGGAUAACUACCCUCCCUAAUGUCAUGGAAAAUGUACUUUUGAAGCUGGCCAUAUCCUCCUCAGAAGUCUUUCAAAAUGUACAUGGUCUGCAUUUUCAGAGAAGAAUAAACUAAUUAGUAAAAACCAGCAUGAAACUACUGUAGGAGGUAUUCUCUGUAAAUUGAUUCAAUAUUGGCAACCUGACUAAUUCAUUAAGUAAGAAUAAGAAUGGGCAACCUGGCUAUAAUGAAAUAAUUGUGCAAGUUUUACACCAUUCAGGAGUUUGUUUGCUGCAAGUACAAGAAGCUAAGACAGCAACAGCCAGGAGCCUUCUCAAAGACGUAAAAUUAUUAUAAAGCAGGACUUCUUUCUGAAAAUCAGUCAAGGACUUUUACGGAACCAACCCAUAUAUGGAAAAGGCUAUACCUACAAUGGCUAACACUGUUAGAACUUGAAUUAUUACCUUAUAUGGAGAGUGCACCACAGGCCCCUACUCGUAAAAGACUAUACAAACCAUCAACAAAGGAGCACAAUGCUCUCAAGCACCAAGAGCCCAAGGGUGCUGCUCCUUGACUGAAGGAAACGACCAAGCAAACCUCAGCUGCAGCUGCUAUACAGGGAGAAGUGGUGACAGCCUGAGAGACCAGGACCAGGGAGAGAACCUCAGCUGCUAUACAGGGAGAAGUGGUGACAGCCUGAGAGACCAGGACCAGGGAGAGAACCUCAGCUGCUAUACAGGGAGAAGUGGUGACAGCUUGAGAGACCAGGACCAGGGAGAGAACCUCAGCUGCUAUACAGGGAGAAGUGGUGACAGCCUGAGAGACCAGGACCAGGGAGAGAACCUCAGCUGCUAUACAGGGAGAAGUGGUGACAGCCUGAGAGACCAGGAAGAGAAUCUCAGCUGCUAUACAGGGAGAAGUGGCGACAGCCUGAGAGACCAGGACCAGGGAGAGAACCUCAGCUGCAGCUGCUAUACGGGGAGAAGUGGUGACAGCCUGAGAGACCAGGACCGGGGAGAGAAACACAAAGACUGUGUUGAUCCUGUUGGAGAUUGAAGAAUCAUCGCAGAAAGGAUUUCACAGAGCAAUUCAAUGACCCGAGUUCCACAACCAGACAGUGAAUGAGUCAGUGCUGCCCGGGCCUGCGGAGUAUUAUCUACGCUACACUCUCCACACUCAACUUAACUGAGUAAUUAACUAGAGUUGAAGAAUCUGUGAAAAGCAACUUUUAAUUAACCUUGAUAAGCAACUGAAAAGUCAGAAUACCUCAUGUUAUUAACAUGAAGAGCUUUUAAGUAAACCUGCUAUCUGUAGACAAGUAUAUUUAGAGAAGUCUGAUUGAAGGUUUGAUGCUAUUGGUUGUCUCUGAUGCAUGGCACAUGCUUAAGAAUUAUUUCUGAUUUCUGAGAUUUCUGUUCUUUCAUAUUUCUGUAUUCAAUAAACUGCUGCUAUUAGCUGAA